UUCAAACACGCGUGCAAGUUCUGCAGCAAGAGCUUCCCUUGUGGUAGAUCCUUGGGAGGUCACAUGAGGUCUCAUAUCACAAACUUGUCAACUGAUCAGACAGAGGAAAAGGAAAAGCUUGCAACAACGAGGAAGCUUCUUCCAUCUCUCAACAAUGGUGGAGGAGGAGGAGACACGGGUUCUGAAGCUGCAACUAACGCUGGCUAUGGUCUCAGAGAAAACCCAAAGAAGACAUGGAGAGUUGCAGAUUCAAGUGAAGACACUCUGGUCUCUGACAAAUUCUGCAAAGAGUGUGGCAAAGGGUUUCACUCUUGGAAAGCUUUGUUUGGUCACAUGAAAUGCCACUCUGACAAAGAAAGAGUUUCCAAUAGCUUUGAGGAUCAAGAUUCAUGGACUAAUAAUAAUAAUACUAAUAACAAUAAUGCUAGUGCUACUACACAGAAGCUGGUCAUGGAUAGCCAAUCUGAUAAUGAAGCCACUGCUCCAAAUCGAAGAACAAGAUCAAAGAGAAAAACAAGGUGCAUGGUUAGUACUGCUGCAACUUCUUCUGUGUCUUUUGCUUAUCCUUCUUCAUCUUCUCUUUCUGAGGUUGAACAAGAGCAAGAAGAGGUUGCUAUGAGCUUGAUGAUGCUUAGUAGGGAUGUUAGUCCUUGGAUUGGUCUUCAUUCUGUUGCUGAAUCCUCUGACAAUUACUCUGCUUACUUCGAAGCUCCAUCUUCAGUUCGAACUAAUCUGGUUAUUAAAUUUGAGAGCAACAAGAAGACUACACCUGCCCUUAAUGGUUCUGAGAUAGCAAAACAAAGUGAUAACAAGAAGUGGGAGUUUGGCAAAUCUGUUUCUGCAAAUCCCAACUACAAAGGGAAAGGUUCAGAGCUUUUGGCUACUGAGUUUUCUGAAAACAGAUUUAAGAUGAAUAAAAAGGCUAUUAAGCUUGAGCUUGAUUCUCCAUCUGCAUUGAAGGAUUCUGGAGGUGAACUUGGGAAGAACAGAGUUAAUGGAAUAGAAUCAGUUUCAUCAAAAUCCGCUACUAACAAGUACAAUUCAAUCAAGCCAAAGUUUUUUGGUUCCGAAUUGAAGUCAAAUUCCCUUAAGACUUCUGAAGGUGAAUUCAGCAAGAACUCUCAUAAGAGGGGUAAGUUCGAGUGUACUACUUGCAACAAAGUCUUCCACUCCUACCAAGCUCUUGGAGGUCAUAGAGCUAGUCACAAGAAGAUCAAAGGCUGUUUUGCUUCAAAAAAUGAGAGCAGUGAAAACAGCAUUGAAACUGACCUCUCUCCUGAAGCAGCAGCAACAACAACUGAAAGCAAGCUCAUGAAGAACAGUGACAGUGAAUAUAUGGUUGAACAUAAAUUGGCUGCUAGUUUUCAUAAUGAGGAAGAGAUAGUUAAAGAGUUCAAGAAGAGCAAAGUGCAUGAGUGUCCAAUUUGCCUUAAGGUUUUUCCAUCUGGUCAAGCCUUGGGUGGCCAUAAGAGAUCUCAUUUGGUUGGUGGGUCUGAGAGUAGAAACUUUCAAACAGUUGUAGUUCAGGAACCUGUCCCAGAAGUUAGGGACUUCCUUGAUCUUAAUCUUCCUGCUGCUACAGAAGAGGAAAGCAAUAGCCAUGCUGACUCUAACAGACCCUGGUGGGUAGUAGAAGACAACCACAAUCACAAACAGGAGGCACUGGUAGGCCUCAUGUCUAGCUAA